GAUGCGACCGUGAGGCAGGUCGCCCUGACAACGGCCAGACCAAGUUUGGCCUCUCCCAGCUUCUGGGUGUCCCCUGAGGUUUAGCGUUUGGAGCCGGUCGAGGGAAGGGUGUGGGUGGCUUCUGAUCUAACACUAUGGAGGAGGGACGAAGCGACAACUUCGACGGUGUGAGCACCGACCGCCUUAAAUUGGGGUUACUAGAAGAAAUCCACCUGAAGGAUAUUGUCCAACUCUCAGUGCUUGAAAUAGAACACAAGGUAGCAGAACUGGAAGCCAAACUCAGUACUGAUGAUGAAGGUGGUGAAUGGAAAACCCGUUACGAGACACAGCUUGAACUGAAUGAUCAACUAGAAAAGCAAAUUGUUUCCCUCAGAGAGAAAUUGGAGAAAAUCUGUGGAAAUCCUUCAGACAGAUUGUCUUCUAUUCAAGUCUAUGAACAGAUGCCAGUGGAAUCCUUAAAUGCAGUACUUAAGCAACUAGAGAAAGAAAAAAGGAGUCUGGAAAGUCAAGUGAAAGAUUAUGCACUGAGACUGGAACAAGAAUCAAAGGCUUACCAUAAGACCAGCAAUGAGCACCGUACAUACCUAGCCAAAACUUCUCAGGUCUCUGGCUCAAACCAAGUUUCUAAAAGGCAACAGAUGGAUUAACUGCCUAGGAUGAAAGAGAAUCUAGUGAAAACGGGAAGAUGUAAUUCACUUAAUCAGAAGACAAUGAAUGCCAUGAGAGGACCAGUAAAAAAGCCUUCAAGAUCAAACCAUCUUCCAAGAUGCAACCUGCGGUGUGUCAGUUCUAGACGCGAUCUGGGCUGCGCACAGACUGGAACUUUGGUUGGGCAGCGUGCCAAUGACGGGGUCUCCCCCAAGGACCUGCAGGGCACCGUGGGCGGCCCAUCUCUUUCCCCAGGCGGCAGGGCCACUUUAAGGGCGGGCCGGGGGUGCGCGCCCCUCCGCUGCGGGCUCGGAGCCAUUUGCGCCGGGCGGACCGCGGACGCGGCGGGUGGGCUGCCGAGCUCCUCCCGCGGCACGGCUGCCCCGGGACCCGCACGUGGGCAACGGGCCAUGGCGGCCUCAAUUGUCUGCCCGAACCUCGGCCUAACUCCUGGGCAGGCAAAGAUAGACCUCUUAUUAGUUGGCGAUGUCGCCGUUCAGUGCCUGGCUAGCAUCGUACAGAAAUUCUUUUCAAGCAUCGCCAAAGUCACCGUCACCAUUAGCGAUGUGCACAAGGCAGCAGCGCUGGUGGAUAAUUGCACGUUCAACAUGGUUUUCCUGAAGUUAACUGCUUUACCAACUGCCGAAGAGCUGGAAGCUGUCAGACUAAUUAGAUUUGGCAAGAAAAAAAAUACACAUUUGCUAUUUGUUUUUAUAAUCCCUGAGAAUUUUAAAGGUUGUAUUUCAGGGCACGGAGCUGAUAUUACUUUAACUGAGCCGCUGACAAUGGAAAAAAUGAGUGUUGUGGUCAAAUACUGGAAAACUUAUUUCUCAAAUACUGUACCUGCAGUUAAGAAUGAAAUUUCUGUGAAGUCCGAAGAACCUGAAUUGCCCCUGCAGAAGUCCUGCAGUGAACACCUGGGAUAUUUUUCUACUGAUCUAUUUGCUUGUUCUGAAUCGCUAAGAAAUGACAUUGGACUUGAAUUAAAGGCUUCAUUGUCAGAUUUCGAGAGAAGCAAAAGGAUUUCUCUUCUUCAUUCAAGCAAGGAAAAGCUGAGAAGAGAGCGGAUCAAGUAUUGCUGUGAGCAGCUGCGCGCCCUGCUGCCCUACGUCAAGGGGAGAAAGAAUGACGCGGCCUCGGUUCUCGAAGCGACGGUUGAUUACGUGAAGUUCGUCCGCGAGAAAAUCCCUCCGGCCGUCCUGAGCCAGAUAACAGAAGCGCUUCAGAGCAAUGGGAGGUUUUGUAAGAAACAGCAAAUGCCCAUCCAGCUGUCCAUCCCAGGCACAAUCAGGGCACAGAGGGAAAGCAGCGUGUUGACAAGCACCUACUCACCUACGAGAGGCAUCAGGUUCCUGGCUAAUAAGUGCUUGAACGUGUACUCUGUCCCUGCCUCCGGGGGCUGCUCGGAUGAAGCCGUGAGAGGUCAGUCCGGCUCCACGUCAGAGGGUGCUCUAGGUGACGGGUGUAAGGCUCGCGUUCCCAGCACGGCGCUUGCUCUCAAUUCCUUCCAUGCUGUCACGUACUAUUCUAAAGUCAUCCCUUCCUAUGAUGCCGCUGCCGUGGCAAAUCAGAACACUCCUGUUCAUUUUCCAACAGCUGUGCCCAAAGUCUCCAAGUUCCUUCCUCAGCACUGCAAUUCUGUGUUGGGCCAGACAUGCACAGCACAUCCCAACUGCCUGCAACACUUUUGGGCGUAUUAAUAGCACGUUUGAAAUUCACCCUCUAGACCCCCUGGUGGGUGCCGUUUGACACUACAGGAGGAAUGGAACAAAGGACGAUCUUGAAAGCUACACCCAGAGACCUACUAUCAAAAGAGUUCUCAUUGUGUGACUUCUGAUAAAUGUGCUAAAAGCCUCUGCAGAUAGAAAGACAGGCAGCGAAAGCGCAGGCCUCGGGCGUUCGCUCAUCCUCACACGUACAUACGUGCAUCUCCCGCAGCCAGGGCGCCAAAAGGACAGAUGGCCUAGGCGACCUAGACACUUGUUCUUAAAAAGUAUUCCACAGAUUAUGCAAAAAGUCCCCUCUAAGGAAGAUUCGCACGGGCUUGAUAAAGUGCAUCGAUGCGCUGGCAUCACUGAGUACAGGUACUGCAACUUGAUUCUGGCAUUUAGUAUCACUGUGAAUUAUUGCCGCUUACUUCUAGGUAGUAUCUUUUCUAGAUUUGACAUUUUAGAGCGCUCCCUUCAUUAUGCACCAUUCAAACUAAAAAAGCGUAGUUUGAAAGAGGUGUUGACAUCCUCACUUGACUACAAUGAAUAAAUUGAUGUGUUGGUUUUUGUAUUUCACCAUCCAUCCCUUGAGUGAAAUAAUAGCUAAUAGGUCUUUCUUUCUGGAUCUUUAAUAGCUAAUAGAGCUUUCUUUCUGGAUCUUUAGUUACAGAUUAGCAGGUCCUUCUUUGUUUUUCAUCUCCUUAUAAU